AUGGAUCCCCUUCUCUUCUUCCUUUUCCUUCUUUUAUUCAUUUUUCUCUCUCUUUGUUUCUUGUUCACUAUUCUCUCAUAUUUUAGGUUUAACUCUCUCUCCCCCUCUCUCUCUCUCUCUCUCUCCCUCUCUCUAUGCCCAUCUGUCUCUGACUUGGAUUUUGGCUUCUCAAUGUUUCUUAUUCUGAAAUUCUUUGUCUCUCAAAUUUUCCGUUUCUUUAACUUAAACCGUGAUCCUAUCUGUUACCAUUUUUUGCACUGUUUUUUCCUGCUUUGUUUUUCGUUCUUAUCUUCUCGUCUAACACUUUUCUUUCUUUUUUUCCUUUGUUUAUUCUUUUCCAUCUUUUCUUGUACUUUAACCCUUUUUCUUUCACAGGAAAUAUUCUCGUCUUCUCCCUUGCUCAAACCCUUAUUUUUUCCCCAUUUCCUUUACAUGUUGUUCUUAUUCUUGCCUUUCCUCUUAAGCUGCAUAUUAUUUCUUCCCUCUUUUAUUUCACUUUCUUUUCUCUUUCUUUUCUUUUUAACUUUCCUUUGCUUCCCCACUCUUAUCUCUCUAGCUAUCUUCAUCUGUUCAUACGUCUAUAUCAUUCAUACGUUUAUAUCUAUCGAUGACAGUCUCUUAAUAUAUAUGUCUAUUUGCCUACCAUAG